CCCUAGCGCGCGCGCACACCAUUGUGUGGCUGGACUCGGCCACCGCUGCGGUGUGAGGCGCGUGUUCGGGCUCUCGCCGUCCCCGCACCCGCACCGCGGCUCCUGUCUUUGGCCUGCCGUUGGAGGACCAGCCUUCGGGAAUCCGUUCGCCACGGAUAUGCCGCGCGUCUACAUAGGACGCCUGAGCUACAAUGUCCGGGAAAAGGACAUCCAGCGCUUUUUCAGCGGCUACGGCCGCCUACUCGAAGUAGACCUCAAAAAUGGGUACGGCUUCGUGGAGUUCGAGGACUCCCGCGACGCCGACGACGCCGUUUACGAGCUGAACGGCAAAGAGCUCUGCGGCGAGCGCGUGAUCGUGGAGCACGCCAGGGGCCCACGUCGCGAUCGCGACGGCUACAGCUACGGAAGCCGCAGUGGUGGAGGUGGAUACAGCAGUCGGAGAACCUCUGGCAGAGACAAAUAUGGACCACCUGUUCGUACAGAAUACAGACUUAUUGUAGAAAAUCUUUCUAGUCGUUGUAGUUGGCAAGAUUUAAAGGAUUUCAUGCGGCAAGCAGGUGAAGUCACCUAUGCAGAUGCACACAAAGAACGCACAAAUGAGGGUGUAAUUGAAUUUCGCUCCUACUCUGACAUGAAGCGUGCUUUGGAUAAACUGGAUGGUACAGAAAUAAAUGGCAGAAAUAUUAGGCUUAUUGAAGACAAGCCAAGAGCAAGCCAUAGGCGGUCAUACUCUGGAAGCAGAUCUAGAUCACGGUCUAGACGAAGGUCGCGGAGUAGGAGUCGCAGGAGCAGCCGCAGUAGAUCUCGAAGUGUCUCAAAAAGUCGCUCCCGAUCCAGGUCACGGAGCAAAGGUCGAUCACGUUCUCGGUCAAAAGGCAGGAAAUCUAGAUCAAAGAGCAAAUCUAAGCCCAAGUCUGAUCGGGGCUCCCAUUCACACUCUCGAAGCAGAUCUAAGGAUGAGUAUGAGAAAUCCCGAAGCAGGUCUCGGUCCCGAUCCCGGUCCCCCAAAGAAAAUGGAAAAGGUGAUAUAAAGUCAAAAUCCAGAUCAAGAAGCCAGUCUCAUUCCCAUUCACCUGUACCUGUGCCACCCUCAAAGGCUCGGUCUGUGUCCCCUCCACCAAAAAGAGCUUCGAGAUCCCGGUCUAGAUCUCGCUCAAGGUCAAGGUCCAGAUCAAGUUCCAGAGAUUAAUCCAGAACUCUGUUCUUUGCACACUAUUAUGGAACACUUUCCUACUUGCUUAGGCAGUUACUCUUCCAUGUUUGUACUUGGCCUUUUCUGCAAGAGGAUCUCCUGAGAACAGGGGCACACGGAAAUUUGAUUUGUGGCCAAAUUUGAUGAAAAAGAUGAGGUUCUAAAAUGGUGGCAUGAAGUUAAAGACCCUCUCCCUUCUUUGUAGAAUUAAGAUAACUUUGAUUUUAUAGCUUUUGAGCUAAAAUAACUUUUGUAAAGAUUAAGCUCAUUUAGAUUUUUUUUUUUUAAAGUAUUUCAGCAGGAUCUGCUGCAGGGGUUUUUUGUUUUGUUUGCUUAUUUUUAAAUUAACCGUUUCAAGCUUUGGAUACUUAAGGCUUUAGAGGGAGAACCCAAUUUUCAAUUAUGUUAGCUUUUUAUAAAGCUUGAGUUAUGUAAGAUUUAAAUAAAAGUUUGCUACCAAGAUGAUUGCCUUAUUGAAUAGGUCACUAUUAAAUUCUUUAAAUGUUGAUAUCUGGUAUUUGUGGAAACAGUGUAAAUUCUACUUAAGUGUAUAACAAGGCAAGCCUCAGACCAGCAAUAAAUUAUUCAGUUUGGAUAACAUUAUUUUGUGCUGUUAAUCAAAUUUGCCAAAGUCUUUAUCUGCCCCUCUAACAAGCUGAGUUAAAAAUAAAAGGUAUUUUGUAGUUGAUCUGUUACAUAAUUUUGCCUAAAUUGAUAGAUUUUAAAUAACAAAACUGUUUUCAAGCUUACAAUUUGAACUCUUUAAGAGAUAGCUCCUAGUGCUUGGGAUCUUGUUUAGCUGGUAAUCCCAUGUUCUGGAAGUGGUCAAUGUGAUUAGUGUUGUUAGAGUAUGGUUUGGUGGUCUUUAACACUUGUUAUGUAAAAAUGGAAGUAGCAGUUCUUAGAAAUUUAAUGUAUCAAAGUGGAACAGCACAUAAUGCAUUUUCUGCUGAAAGAUCCUUAUACUUAACAGGCACUUAACAGAUCGUUUGAUAAGUCAGUUGGUAAUUAAAAUAACUCCCAAUAAUCAGUCUCCAUGGUAGUUAGUGAUGAUUUUUUGGCUCAUCCUUGUAAAUUUUAUACUUUCCUGUGAUUGGCUUACACAAUGAACUACAUAAAGUCAAUUAUUUGUGCUUUAUUAUGAAUGAAGUAUAAUGGAUACUGUGGAAAUCAAAUUAUACUGCAAAUUUGUACGAAUUAUUGGGUUAAUCCAUACAUCCAUUCGUAAAUACUUUAGAUUGCAGUUCAAGAAGUGAUUAGGGUGCUUUUAAAUAAUUUCAUUUUUAGAAAGUAGCUGUAGUCUGAAGUCAAGGUUUAGGUGAAUUGGUUCAGGUCCAAUAACUUCUAGGACCUAUCUUUUAUGUAAAGUGCUAAGAGCUGGAUUGUCAAUGGCACGAUAUUUUAGGUUGAUACAUAGUACAAAAUAAUCAGAAGAUACAGUAAUAAAAUGAGGUUGAUUGAAUAAAGUGAGCCAAGGAUCUAAAUAGAUGUCAGUUGGGAGUACUUGGUGAUGUGAAAACCUGGUUUUUAAGAAAUUCCUAUCUGGGUUUUCUGUUGGAAAAAAAUCUUAAAAGCCUCACUUUGGGGCUAUAGUGCACCAUAAGGUUGAUGCUGCUUCUGUUAUGUUUUCUUUGAUACUUCAUUUAUGUAGAGGUUUAUUAGAAAUGGUUUUAUUUUUUCAACAUAAGCUUAGAAUAUAAAAGAAAUGGAGUCUGUAAUUUUAUUUUGCCUGUUCAAAGACUAGAAGUGAUAACUCAGAAAAGAUUGGCUUUGACCAAAGUUUUCUUUUUUUCAGAGAAAGACCCAUAAAAGCUUACUGAGCCACAGCCUUUUAAAAGGAGGCAAGGGCAAUAUUACAAUGAAAUUUGGCUUUCUAAAAGAGUAUCAUCCUCAUCUGGGUUUUCUGUUCCAUUAGGUAAGAGGCAUAUGACUACAUCAUUAGCUGCCUCAGUAAGUGGGUAAUUGUAUAGGUACAUGCUUACAUAAAUUUUUUUCUAGUAAUGGUAAAGACCAAUUAUUAAAAUUUUAAUCUAUUUCAUAUCUAUAGAUCUAAGUCAUUGGAUGCACUGAACCACCGUAUGUAUAACAUUGGCCUACUUAAGAAAACAGUUGACUAAUUUAAAAUGCUAUUGCUAACUAGUGAGUAGUCUGAGAAUUAGCAACAUGCCUCACAUUUUUGUUUAGUGGCUGGGUGCAGUGUUGAUCUGAUAGCACAAGGGAGGUGAGGAGCAUUGGGAGUCCCAUUUCUUUCACUCAGUAGUGUUUUGUUGAUUUGCCACAGAGCCUUUAUGGCCAGUUUAGAGUCCUACUUCAGCUUUUAUGUUCCCAAUCCUUUGUUACCACCUCUCAUCUUGGAUCUUCUUUUUUCCACUUUGUUAACCAAUUUUAUGCAUUUACUUCAAUAAAAUGCUUACUGAGGGAAA